CAGCCCCUCAGACCCAUUGUAAGCUCCAGUGACUUCAUAUAUCAAGCAAUGGAAUCGAAUCCCACGCCCUCCGCCACCGUGCCACAAUCUCAAUUGAGCCGUAUUAAAGAGCAACUGUAGAGGCCGCUAUGCGUUUUGAAACCCGGUCCUGAAGCCGUGGGCAGGGUUUGGGGAGGGGCCCGGUCCCUGUCUGUGGGAAGGGCUGGGUUCGGUUUGCUUGAAGGGCUGGCAAGGCGUUGCAUCACCAGCCUUUUCCAGCAGCGUCCGGGGUGGAGCAACUCAGGUUGCGGACGCUUAGGAUUGGCUGUGAUGGAAAGCCUCUCAGCCAAUCACUGCUAAGAAAGGCCAGGAAGGGGCGUGAUAAUUGCCUCAGAACCAAUGCACAGGCAAGGGUGGGACCAUGGGGCAGGGGCAUCCUCGCGCCAAUCGGAAGUGUUGGAGAGUGGGCCUGCUGGUCGGAAGUCGGCUCCCGAGCCAUGAAUAUCUUGCCCAAGAAGAGUUGGCAUGUCCGGAACAAGGACAAUGUCGCCCGAGUGCGGCGCGACGAAGCCCAGGCCCGGGAGGAGGAGAAGGAGCGCGAGCGGAAGGUGCUGCUCGCUCAGCAAGAGGCCCGUACAGAAUUCCUACGGAAGAAAGCCAGGCGCCAGCACUCAGUGCCUGAGCUGGAAGCAGCAGGUGCAGGAGUUCCAAGCUCUGGCCCUGUAGACCUGUUUAAGGAGCUGCUGGAAGAAGGGAAAGGAGUGCCAAGAGGCAAUAAAGAGCAUGAGGAAGAGAAGCGACAGGAGAAGGAGAGGCAAGAGAAAGCACUAGGCAUCCUGACCUACUUGGGCCAGAGUGCAGCAGAGGCUCAAACUCAACCUCCUUGGUACCAGCUCCCCCCAGGGCAAAGGAGUGGCCCUCCAGGCCCAAGCCCAGAUGAGAAGAUCAAGAACCGGCUAGACCCUUUGAGGGAGAUGCAGAAGCACCUGGGAAAGAAAAAGCACAGCAGUGAAAGUCAUCCCCCCAGAGAGGCAUGGCCUCGGAAACAACAGCCCAGAGGGCCACCGUCCUUAGAAAAGCUCCGUGCUGAACGUCUUCAGCGGGAAGCAGCUGAGAGAGCCCGAGCAGAGGCCUUGCUGGCCCGAGUACAUGGCCAGGUCUCCCAGCAAGGGCAGGCAGAAGAGGAAGAAACAGAUGAACGGAGGCGACGAUACAACUCACAGUUCAACCCCCAGCUGGCCCGGCGGCCCCGCCAACAGAACCCCACUCCUGCCCACUGACUCUUUGGGGGAAGAUAGGAGGCUGCAUCUGCCAGCCGUCAUAUAAAACUAUUUAUUCAUAAAUAUUUUCCAAAAUGAAAAUAGGUUUACCAAAAAAUGUCCCUCACUGGGGAGGGGAGGAGGGGGCAGCUCUCGCCCCCAGGGCCCCAGGGUAGGGCAGAGAGGAAAACCUCCCUGCCCCUUCCCUGCUUCCUGGGGGGGGAGGGUACCCAUGGCCUUGGGCCUCCCCCAGUCUUCCAGGGCAGGGCCCUCACCUGGGCAGGGGGAUCAGCAUGCGGGGGAGGGGUCAGAUAGAGGGGGCUGGUGUCACUGGAGGUCCCGGUCCUCCAGGUAGCGGUACUCAAAGGUGAAGCCUUCCUUCUUCCGCUGGCCCCACUUCUCGUAGUCAAAGUAGAUGUAGGUGCCCUGGCCGGGGAAGAAGGUGGUCAGUGAGUGGACGUGGAGAGGGGCUGAGAUCUGGGCCAGGCAGGUGGACAAGAGAGGCAGUUGUCAGGGGCAUCGAGGUACCAAGCUGAUUGUCCUACAUGUUUUCACUGUCACAGUGGAGAAGGAGAUGCAAAGGGCCAAGCAGGGUUUCUUUACAGCUUUGGAGGACCUCAGCUACAAAGAGCCACGUGGCCUAGUCUGAAGAAUGGGAUCAACAGGUGGCCUAGAAUGCAACAUAUGCAUCAUCUCCAUUCACGUGCUCUGCAGGGACAUAUACUUCACUAUUAACUGAGAUUCUGCAUAACGCGAUGCCCUGAGAUGUAUUAAUGUCAAGGACCAAACCACGGUGGGACAGGAAACCUGAGGUGAAGAACCUAGGUCGGGUGUCUGAAAUACUUCAAAGUGGUCUGGAAGAAUGUAGGGGACAAAAGAGAGUUCUGUGAGAAUGGAACCGAUGAGGGCCAGCUUGGCACCUGGAAGUGUAGGUGCGGAAAAUGUGUAUGGGGAAAGCCACUGUAAAACAAACCAACUGAAAGCAAUUAAAAAAAAUUCAUGACGCUCGCUCACUGUA